AAAGAGUUGCCUGCUACCACUGACAGUCAUUCGUGAUAAUGGGUUUGUUACCCAAGAUGGCGGCAGCCUCAUCCAUUCAGCCGCCCAGCGUUCACUCCUCUCUGGCCAGGGAGAGCGCACUUUCCCCGGAGAUGGACAGCCCCGAUAGCCGGCAGCCGGAGGAUGAGGAGGCGGCGGCGGCAGCGCAGCCCUCCGAGCCCGGGAUUAGCCUCCGCGACCUGCCGGACCUGGAGCCGGUGGAGAUCGAGAGGAGGCUGGCCAAAACUCGCCAGGAGCUGAGCAACAGGAGGAAAAUCCUCAUCAAAAACCUGCCACCUGACACCACUAACCAGGAAGUCCAUGAAAUUCUGAAAGAAUAUGAGCUGAAGUACUGCUUUGUGGACCGGAACAAAGGCACAGCCUUUGUGACAUUGCUGAACGGGGACCAGGCUCAGGAUGCCAUCCGCUCCCUCCAUCACAGCACUGUCCGGGGACGCUUGAUCAACGUCACCCUGCAACCUACCGACUCCCUGCUCUGCCUCACCAACCUGCCCCACACCUUCACCGCCCAGCAGUUUGAGGAGUUGGUGCGCUCCUACGGAAACAUUGAGCGCUCCUUCCUGGUCUACAGCGACCUGACGGGCCACUCCAAAGGAUAUGGGUUUGUUGAAUACAUGAAGAAGGACUCUGCUUCACGGGCCCGCUCUGAGCUGCUGGGCCGACCACUGGGCGAUCGCUCACUGAUGGUGCAGUGGAUGGACGUCAACCAGCUGAGCCACGAGGAGAACCUGCACUCCAAGUGUCUGUGUGUGGACCGACUUCCACUUUAUCUCUGUGACUCUGAAGAACUGACCCAGCUUUUUUCUGAAACCUACAAACCUGUCUUCUGCCAGCUUGCUCAAGAUGAGGGCAGUCCAGUCCGGGGCUUUGGUGUGGUGGAAUAUGAGAGCGCAGAGCAGGCCGAGGCUGUGCUGAUCGAGAUGGACCGAACACUGGUGGGAGGACAGGAGGUCCGCCUUUCACUCUGUACCCCUGGCACCUCAGGGAGAAGCACUCUGGCUGCACUCAUCGCUGCCCAGGGUAUGAACAACUAUAAACAGUUAUCUUUUCCAUGGCUGGACAACACGUCACACAACUUUAAACCCAUCAUAAAGAUUCUGAGUAAUAGGAAAGGUCUGCUACCAGAACCAAACCUGGCCCAGUUGUUGACCAGUAUGACCAACCCUGCUGCCCUGCAGAUACUCAUGAGACCGUACCACACUGGGAAAAGAGGAGGGAAGUACGGGCGUCACACCAGCCUACCCUUCCUCAGGCCUCCUCUCACCACAGCUCUUCUCACGCUGGGAAAAGCACACCAGAGUGCUCUUCUCGGUAAUGGACUGGUCCUCCAGAACCUCCUGCAUAUGCAGCUCGCACAGCAACAGCUUCUUCAUAUCAAAGACAAACGCAUCAACAGCGUCUCCAGUCUGUUCGGUGACCCAUCCAGGCUGCUCAUGCAGAAAGUGUUGCCUUUGCGGCCUCCAGGCCUCAUGCCGCUGGGGAAAGGCCUCCUGGGCGACUCCCCUACAGAGUUGGGCCAUGAGUCGGUGCCAGCGUCUACCCAUAAUGCCACAGUAGUGGUGUCAGCAGCAGGUGUGAUGCCGUACCUCCAGGGUCGAACUGGAGCAGGAGAACAAAACAGCACCCAUUCAAUCUCUACAACCCCUUCUGCUUCCUCUUCCUCUUCUUCAUCAUCUUCAACAUCUUCUUCCACCACCUACUGUGACAGACAGCCUGCUCCUCCAGGGACGAUGGUGAGCUCCCAACUGCAAGGACAGAGCUAUUCCUUGGGUAUAAAUAACUCAGGCAUUGGCCCACCCCUUCCUAAACCCUCAGGAGGAGUUUAUACGUCAACAGGCCAGCACAGCAGCUCAGAUGGUUGCCCCCUGGCUAGCAUGGUAAGCAGUGGUCAGAGUUCACUACUGGGUGAUCCUCCUAAAGAAGUCAGACUACCCUCUAAUCCCUAUUUGAAUCUGGCUAGUGUAAUGCCAGGGGUGGUCCUGCAAAGCUCAGUGGGGAGUAAAGCCCAGGGUGGACAGCCUGGCCCCGGGGUGUACGGCAGCUCAGUGGCUUCAGUCGUCACCCAGGGCUCCAGCUCCUUCUCCCACAGUGCUGCAGCUACAACAACUGCUCCAUACAGCACUGAUACCACUGCUGACUACAGUCACUAUAGCCAGGCCUACACACAGGAGGCCAUGCAGCAGUGGUACCAGCACUACCAAGCAGCACAAGCUCACACCUACAGUACUGCUGCGCCACAGGAAAACACAGCCACAGACUACAGCAAGGAGCACACACAGGCUCCAGCAGCAUCAUCCUACGGGGAUUACAGUUCAUACAUGCAGACUGUCGCUCAGUACUACUCCCAACCUGCAACGGCAAACCAGGCCUAUGGCAGCAAGGAGGUAGAUGUGUGUAAGCCUCUAGGAGUCUCUCUGCAUGCAGUCAGUAACGGUGUGGCACCUCCACCAGCUGUGGCUCCUGCCGUGCCCCCAGCCUACAGCACACUUCCAUUAAUGCCCAGUUUUCUCGGGGCACCACACCCGGCAGCAGCCACGCCAAGCCCUGUCGCUCACACACACACUGCCACCACAGACUGGAACACCUACUACUACAACCAGACAAGGGGUCAUAAGAGGGAGUAUCCUCAGUUGGCGGUGCAGGAAGUGACAUCAUCAGAUGGUGCCUACAUCGGGCAGCACUCCCAGGGUCUGGGGGGGCAGUACGCUGACUACUUUAAGAGGAAGAGGCUUUAG